UUUUCAACCUCAUAUCGCCGCCUUUCUUGCUCUCAACUCUGUGAAGGAAUACUUUCUCGCAACAUGGAAGAAAAUCCAGAUACCGACAUGAGGUAGAAAGAAAACCUAAAGCUAACUCUUAAAAACUCUCCUUAACACCUCCCAAACUGAACCUAGAAAAAUUUUCCUCAGGAAAAAGAAAUGGACUCGACCCCGGUGAACUGGGAAGCUCUGGACUCUCUUGUCGUUGAUUUUGCGAAAUCGGAGAAUUUGAUCGAGGACUCUUUCUCUUCACCAUCGCCAUUAUCUUCUCCUUCUCCUUCUUCCUCGUAUGUCUCUUCUUCGUCUUAUCAUUCGAGAUUGGUUAUUCGCCAGAUUAGACGGUGCUUAGAAGUCGGUGAAAUUGACACCGCAAUCGAUCUUCUCCGCACUCACGCUCCUUUCAUCCUUGAUGACCAUAGACUUCUGUUUCGGUUGCAGAAGCAGAAAUUUAUUGAGCUAUUGAGGAGAGGGACGGAAGAAGCUAGAGAUUCUGCAAUUGAGUGUAUAAGAACAGCUCUUGCUCCCUGUGCUCUUGAUGCCUAUCCGGAAGCAUAUGAGGAAUUCAAGCAUGUUCUUCUUGCCUUUAUAUACGACAAAGAUGACCAGAGUUCUCCUGUGGCAAAUGAGUGGUCUGAGAAGAGGAGGUUUGACAUUGCCGGAUUGAUGUCUUCUGUCCUAAGAGCUCAUUUACAUGCAUAUGAUCCAGUCUUUUCAAUGACAUUGAGAUAUUUGAUAAGCAUACAUAAAGGUUUUUGCUUUCGCCAAGGAGUCUCGUCGCCCAUUUCAGAUCUUACUGAAAGGUUGCUCCUCGAAGAGCGUGAUCCUGCCGCUGUGCCACAUGAGAGUUUGUAUGAGGCACCUCCUUUUGAUGAGGUGGAUAUACAAGCUCUUGCUCAUGCUGUUGAGCUUACAAGACAAGGGGCUGUUGAUAGCUUGAGAUUUGCUAAGGGAGAUCUGUUUCAGGCAUUCCAGAAUGAGUUGUGCCGGAUGAAAUUGGAUGUCUCCAUGAUUGAUGAGCUCAUCCGCGAGUACUGUGUUUAUAGGGGCAUUAUAGAUUCUGGUUUUGCUCCAUCUUCUGGAAUGCAAACCCCUUCUGAACCUUUAAAAGUCAAUCAACCAGAGCCUGGCUUUUGCUCAUCUAGGAACUCCUCUCUUGAAGUGGAUAACAUUACCAGUAAACUAUCAGAUGCUGAAGCUUCCAUCAGUGAUACUCAUAUGGAUGCUUCUCCAGAAAAUAAUGUUGAUUUGCAUUGCGCACAAGGAGGUGAUACUGAGUUAAGAUAUGCUUGUGAAUUAACUAGCAAUUGUGAAGAUUGCAGCACCAGUGGUUCACAUCAAACUGGAGUUUCAAGAGUUCUACAGAGAAGCAGAAGCUAUGCUACUGGUGAAAGGAGCAAACGCAAGCGAUGGAGGGGUAGACAAGAUGACCAAGAUUAUUUUUCUGGAGUUUCUGUCAAUGGAUGCAAUAAGAAAGAUUUUAAUGCUACUGCAACCUGCACAAAUAUAUCAAAGGGACAACAGGACUUUGAAAAACAUUCCUUAUUGAACCUCAACGAUAGGGAGGAUAAAUAUGAGAUUUUGCUGGGGAUGAAGGAAUUGGCAAGUAGAGGAAUGGCUGCAGAGGUUGUGGAAGAAGUUAAUGCUCUAGAUCCUCAUUUUUUUGUGCAGAACCCUAUGUUGCUUUUCCAAUUAAAGCAGGUUGAAUUUCUGAAGCUUGUAAGUUCUGGUGAUCAUUCGGGUGCACUAAGGGUUGCUUGCUCACAUUUAGGUCCCUUGGCUGCCAGUGAUCCUUCUCUGCUGAAGCCCUUGAAGGAGACUUUGUUGGCAUUGCUCCGUCCUAAUGAAGAUGAAUCCGGAAAAGGCUUGCCUUUACAUGCUCUCGCAACCUCACUCCAGGUAGCAAUUGGUAGGAGGCUUGGUGUUGAAGAACCACAACUUAUGAAGAUAAUGAGAGCAAUGCUUCACACCCACAAUGAGUGGUUUAAACUUCAAAUGUGUAAAGAUCGCUUUGAAAGUCUUCUAAGGAUUGAUUUCUUGAAAGAAGUUAAUAGUCCCAUGCUUUCUGCUUGUUCCAUGUCAAAGUCAAAUGCUGAUAGCUGCACUCAGGGUUCCUCCCAAGUUACAGUAUCUUCAAGUGCUAGGUUGUCUGAAGAUGGUAGCAGUCCAACUCAAGUGUCUUCAAGAGAUGUUGUCUGUGAUGAAAAUGCAAUACUGAAAGUUAUGGAAUUUCUCGCAUUGCCAAGGGCUGAUGCCAUUCAUCUCCUUUCACAGUAUAAUGGAAAUGCUGAGACAGUCAUCCAGCAAAUAUUUGCAUAGUUUGGAAUCUGAUACUGUAUCAUAAAAUUUAUUUAUUUAUUUAUUUUUUUGUACGAAUAUUAUUUUAUUCAAUUUAUAAAAAUAGGAUGUAGAUAUACGAAACGCUGCGAAUUUGCAUGAGGGCCGGUAGUCUGUUACAAUUUGCCAAAAGGGCACAGCGUUAUUUUUAUUGGUAUGCAUUUUCCAUAAAGUCUGUUUUUGACGUUAA